AUGGCGCUAAGCAAUGGUUUUGAAAUAUAAAUUAUAAUACGCUUACUAAAUAUAUUCUAUAAUAACAUUGAACUAUUUAUAUUUAAGUACAAUGUUUUAAGUCACGCGCGUACUAUACCGCGAGGUGUGUAGUUUUUGAAGCAUUUUUUUUUUUCGCGAAAGCCGCGUGAAUUGUGAACAGCUCGAUAAACGGAUGGUGUCAUUGGCAUUUGAAAAUCCUAUUGUACAGACCGGAGAGAAUCGGAAAUUGGAAUGGGAAGACGUCGCAAAUAAACAACGAUAAAACAGCGGUCGUCGGAAGUGUGUCCAAAUCACCGCUAGAUUACGUCGUUUUCGGUCAGCGAUUUCUUUACCUUUUCGCCAUAGUCGUUGGUUGUUCGCGAAAUUCUCGAACGCCCCCCUCCACCCUCUCGUCAGUACCAAAUGUUCAGACAACAACAAUAAUAAUAAUAGUAAUAAUAAUAAUAAUUCGGCGUAUUGCGCGUUUUGUAGAGUGCGCGCGCAUAACGACAGUGUUUAUGGUCGUGUGCGCGUGCGCGCGUUUAUAUGUGCGAGUGAGUGCGCGCGCGUGUGACAAUAAUAUUAUUGCCGUAGCGUCGUGACAGUGUGUGAGUGCGCGCGCAUCGACCAUCAUCGUCGUGUCAGUCCGGUCAAAAUAUCUCCGCAGCGUUCGGCACACGUUUUUUUUUUUAUAUAUACAUUAAAUAAAAUAUCGAUCGUCAGGAUUUAUACGGUUUUCCGAUCUUGGUGCUGCUCAUCGCCGACCGUGUUCGACGCGCGUCAUACAACAUUCUGCAAGGUACCGUGUACCAAGGUGACUGCAGACUCUUAUCUCGUUGGUUCGACCACGAUACUGAUCCGUUUCACGCCGGAGCAGGUCGCGAAGUGUUGUUUUUUCAGUGGCGGUAAUCGAAGACGACGGUUUCGUCCUAAACCAUUCGGAGUGGUAUACGACCGUGCUUAUUUGGAUGAAUUGCUGGUAGAGCGGAUGCUACCACUGCUAGGAUCUGUGGAUCAUAGAUCGUAGUAGAAGGCUCGACGUCGUCAUCGUCCCUUCGGCCUGUGAAGGUAGUGAACGAGCAAAAGUCGGUCCGAUGUGCCUCCAUGGCGACCGCCACCGCGUCUGCCGUCAUCGUUCUGUUGCUGCUACUGCACAUGUUAACGGUCGGCAGUGUGGCACGAGCGGACAUGACGGCCGACAUUGGAUCAGAUAUAACGUGGAUCACCGAGCCACCCGAGGAUGGCGUUGCGGUCCGCAGUAAGCCUUUUACGUUACAAUGUCAUUCAACCCUGCCUAAUGCCACGUAUCUAUGGAUGUACAACAAUCGCACUUUGGAUCUAGUCAAUGACUCGCGCCGCCAGAUUCUUCCCAACGGCUCUCUGUUUUUCAAAACCGUGGUGAACAGAAAAGGUGGCGACGCGGGAUCUUAUAGAUGUAUAGUACAAACGCCCACCGGUGCAGUUUCCUCAAAAACAGUUACAUUACUCACAGCAGUAAUUCAUGACUUUGAUGUACAUCCAUUCAAUGUAACAGUUAGUUCAGAAGCUAGUCGUUCUGUUAUUCGAUUUAACUGUCAUGUGAAUUCCGUUCCUUUAGCAACUAUUAUGUGGCAGAAAAAUGGAGUUGCCUUGUCCAGUAACAAUAAUAAGUUUGUAACCAAAGUUCCUGGUGUACUAUAUAUUAAACAAGUUAAUGAGAAUGAUGCUGGCGAGUAUAGAUGUGUGGGAAAAAAUCAACUAUUGAAUAAAACAAAAUACAGUGAAGUUGGUCAUUUGGUUGUCAAUAAGAUAAAUAUUGGUGGAUCUUCUGGAUCACAAUCGGGUCUUCAAAAAUUAGCAUUUAUUUCGCCGAAUGUUUUCAACACAAAUGUAAAGUAUGUGACUGAAGGUGAUAAUGUAACAUUUGAAUGUGUGGCCACUGGUGUUCCAAUUCCUCAGCUCAAUUGGUCAUUUAUAAACUCUACAGGAUACCGACAUAAUACUAUACUUAAUGAUGAAGAGACUUCUGUCAACAUAUUAAGUUUAACAAGAGUAAGUUCAAAGGAUUCGGGAAUAUACACAUGUCAUGCAUUACAAUCUAUGACAGGAUGGCCAGAUAUGCCACGUGCUCAAAAUUUUCGAUUAGAAGUGAUGACACCUCCUAACAUCAUUAUUCCACCAGAAACACAAACUAUGCCUAUAGCAAAUACUAUUCGCUUUAGGUGUGUAGCUGAAGGUAAUCCCACUCCUAAUAUAACAUGGUAUCACAAUGGUCAACGUUUAAAAUUAAAUGGCCGUAUAAAAGCCAAGAGCAAACAACUUUUAUUAGUUAGUAAUACAGUAUCAAGUGACUCUGGAUUCUAUCAAUGUUUUGCCUCUAAUCAAUAUGGGACUGUAUGGGCAGGAGCAAUGCUCAAUAUUAGCUCAUCUCCAUUUGAACCUUCACCACCUAUUAAUAUCAGCUGCCGUACAUUAUCUUCUUCUCAAAUUCAAGUAUCUUGGCGAAAGUCUCCAACAGAUAUCCCUGAUGAUCCACCUAUCCUUGUUCGCGAUGAUUCUACACAACUUGGUUCUUCCCAUAGUGGUGUGCAAUCAUCAUCAUCAUCUGCUACUGUGUCUACAGAUAUUUCAAAUAAAGUAUCCAGAGCAUAUUCAAUACACUAUAUGCCUACAGACGGUGGAGAAGAAACACAACAAGUUAGUGUAAACCAUUCUAUUAUUGUAGAAAAAUUGAAACCAUACAAAAACUACACUUUUUAUGUACGAGUCUAUAAUGGUAGAUCUGGAUCUGAUCAGUCUGAAAAAGUCACUUGCAAAACUCAAGACGGAGCGCCACAAACAGUUCCAGAAUUAAUUGUUACUCCUCUUAGUCCAAUUUCAUUACAUGUAGAAUGGGCUGCAAUUAAUGUAAAUUUGGCUAAUGGUGCAGUCACUCAAUAUCAAGUAAUGUGGAAGCGAUUACAUAGUUCAUCUAAUUACAUUCAUUUUUUACCUAAUGAUGCCAGACAAUAUACAAUAACAGGACUGAAGCCAGGAGAACAAUAUGAAGUGCAAGUAUUAGGCGCAACACAAAAUGGAUUACCUAACAUUGAUUUUUCGUGGCAUUUAAUUGAGUUGCCGAGUAUUAAUCCUAUUUUGCCGAUACCUAUUUUAAUGUUUAGCAUUGACCGAUCAAUUAUAAGGCUUUCUUGGCUUGUCAAUGACCAAUCAAUUAAAUUUGAUUCAUUUAAACUAAUGUAUCGUACUACUAGCCAAACAAACCAGUCAGUUAUGUUACUGCAUACACUCAGACCAGACACAAAUCAUCAUAUGAUACAUUAUACUAGUGAUUUGGAUGUUUAUGAAGUCCUAUUAAACUGUAUAUCUGAAAGUGGUGAAGGCAAAUCAGCAUAUAGAACUAUAGCAGUAAUGUCUGAUAUGUUGUCACCACCAUCUCAGAUCGAAGCUGUUGCUACAUCACUUCAGACAUUGAAUUUGUCGUGGGUUUCUUUGGAUUUUGUUGAUCCAUCUUCUUUGGUAUUUGUUAUUAACUAUAAACCAAUAUCUAAUUUUUCUCAGAACUCUACUACAAUUUACACUGAUACAGGUGUAUUUUCAUUUGAACUAGCAGGACUUAAACCUUAUAGUUUGUAUGAAAUAAAAAUAGCAGUUCAAGAUAAAAAUAACAGAAAAAGUGAAUUCAGUCAAAAGAUACAGAUACGCACACUUCAAGGAGUUCCUGGUAUAGUUGAACAAAUAGAAUUACAAUGGAUAAAUACUAGUACUGUUCGUAUAACUUGGGUAGAGCCAAUAAAAUCAAACGGUGUGAUUAUGGGAUAUUAUGUUUCUUAUACAUCCGAACUUCACAUUCCACCUACAUCCUGGAUACAAUUAAAUGUCUCUCGACAUAAAAACUCAUUAGAUUUGAUAGAUUUAAACAAUAACACUCAAUACUUCUUUAUGGUACGUGCUGCUACUGAUGCUGGAUUUGGUCCACAAAGUGGAAUAUAUACCAUUACACCAUUAACUACACUUAUUAAUCCACCAGUUAAUUCUAAAUAUCCUGCCAAUUCACCAGCAUUAUAUAUGGAAGAUCAGCAGCUAUUAGGUAUAGUGAUCGGUUGUGUGAUUGGAGUUUGUUGCAUACUAAUAUGUACUACAAGUAUUGUGUUGAAACGUCAAUGUGUGAAAGCUGAACGAGUACGAGAUCCCCAACAAAACUCAAUGGGUACCGACGUGGCUUAUUGUGCUCAACAUCUACGACCAUUUACUAUUGAUCGUGAUCAUCAUGAGGAAAGUGUUCCCUUAAACGAUGUAAAUUAUAUUACUCGGCACAUUGAUGGAAGAAGUCGAUACUCAAAUAACAUGUCUGGCAUGGCUUUGCCACUUCUUGAUCAAAGUAAUCCAGGAGAUCAUGACAUAACAAAUGUCCACAUCAUUGAAAACCCUCAGUGUACUGUUGAUGUUGAUGGUUAUGAUGUGGACAGUCUGUUAAGUGAAUCAGCUGAAGGUGGUGCAGGCACGGAAGAGUCUGGUUGCAGUGACCAACUAGCUAAGAGCCAUAAAGGUGGUGGUGAUUCCAGUGUGGUUGAUGAUGGAUUUCAUGAACAUGUUGUGAGCUAAACAGAAUCUUAGGUAAUGGUAUAAAUGAUGUGCCAAAACCAAGACAGAAUAAUAACUUUUUUUGUAUUCCCUGAGAUUUACUAAAGUCUGUAUUAUUUUUUUAUACUUAUACAAUGCAUAUUAUAAAUUUAUAACAAACAUCACCCAAAAUAAAAGAAAUGUUUGGUUUUUACUGACAUCACAUUACGCAUGUUAUACCAACAACAUAAAUCAUAUUGGAUUUAACCUCAGAAAGGUUAUGUAAGCCACUGUUAAUUAUUUUAUUAUUAUUAUUAUUAUUAUUAUUAUUCUUAUUAUAAUGACCAAUGACCAUGUAUGACUACUCAAAACUUUUUUUUUAUGUUUUCUUAUUUUCUUCAUUUUAUUAAUAAUAUAUACUUUUUAAUGAUUUCUUGACAUUUCGAUCCUUAAAAUUAGAAUUAAAGAUUUUUAAAAAACAUCGCCUCCAAUUUUUACCAUUUUUCAAAUUAUUUUUUUUUUUAGGAUUCAUGAAAAAAGUGAGAUACAUAUGUAUAUUAAUAAGAUAUUGUUAACAUAGUUUAUAAGUGUUUUCCUGAAUAUUAUAUCUAUAUUUUUUUUAGAGUAUUUAGUUAGUAGGUUUCAUUGAACCUCUCAAAUAUAGUACAAAUAAUACAUAUUUUAUAUAUUUAUGAUCUUCUGAGUUCUAUCAAAGAUUUUGGUAUCAAAUAACUAUUGCUAUUUUUGGAUUUUUUUUUUAUGUUUGUUUCAUUUAUAUGUAUAUCUUAAGUUAUGCAUAUAGUGUCCAUCCCCUUAACUACAAGCCAAUUGCUUGCCAAUUACUUCAGUAACUAAUGUUUACCAGUAUAUAAUCUAUUAUGUUUUAGCUUAAAGCUGAAUAUUGUACAUAGUAAUAAUAAUAAUAAUAAUAAUAAUAAUAAUACUAUUACUAUAAAAUAUAAAAAAGUUAAGUCAAAAAAAUUAAUUUUUUACAUUAUAAAAGUUGAACUUAAUUUACAGUUUUGCUGGUAUAUUUUAUAUUAUUAAUUAAUGUUAAAUUUUGUUUGUUAAUUGUUUAAUUUACAACAAUAUAUAUAUGUAUAUAUAUAUAUAUAUUAUAUAAGUAGUUCCUAUUCCCCUGAAUAUUUUACAUUUUGAACAAGAGAAAUACUUACAAUGGAACUUUUUCUUUAGAGAUAUAAUAAUGGAUCUCAAAUGGCGCUUACGGUUUAAAAAGUUCUUUUGUAUAUUGUAUUAAUCUAUACACGUAUAAGUCAAUUACAUUAUCAUAGAUAUUCAUUCUCUUGACACAUUCCAAACAGGUUGUGAUUAAUUUAUCUCAUUAUAUAUAUAUAUAUAUAUAUAUAUAUAUAUAUAAUAUAUAUAUAUAUGUGUGUGUGUGUGUAUAAAAGUAUAAUGUAUGUACAUGUGUAUUUAUAUUAUAUUUAUUUCAAUCUCCGGUUAUAUUUUUACAACAUUUAUGUACUUAGUGUAUAUUUUAUACAUACUAUUUUUAUUAUUCAUUUUAUUAUUUUUUUGUUACAUUUUAAGAAGUAGGUACAAAAUAUUUUUUAAGUUACAAUGCUUAAGUUUUUAUUUAUUUAUUUCAUUGUUAAGUUUAUACUUGCCAACAUUAAUUUUCAUUAAAAAAAAAAGCAAUUAUGAAGUAAGAUGUUUUUUUAUGUUUACUUAUUAAAUUUAUAUUACUAUGAGUGAACUAAAGAAGUGAUCAUGAAAUAACCUAUGGUUUUCAUUACAACGAUGAUUAUAAUUAUGUAAAAUAUAAUGAUACUUCACAAGUACCUGAUAGUUUUAUUAAAAAUGUAAUAUAACUCAUACUUAUAUAUUUUGUAAAUUGUGUUGAAUCUAUAUAAGAGAUCUAUACACAAUAAUAAUAAAUAAAAAAAAAAAUAAACUAUUAUUGCUAAUUUAUUUAUAAACAUUUUAAAUUAAGCCAAGGUAUUUGUAUAUUUUUUGAUUAUUAAUGUUUAUUAUCAUAGGUAGUUAAUAAUCAAUAAUUAUAAUAGCAUAGCUGUGUUUAAAUGUGUACAAGCUGAACUCAAUUUUUUUUAAAAUUUCAGUGAAAUUUAUAAUAGCCUAUUUUGGUGCUCUUUGAAAAUUCUGGAAUUUAAAAAAUAAAACCAAUAUAAAUGUAUAUUAUUUUGGCACUUUUGUCCAAUUUUAUUUCUAUACCAACAACAAUUUGUCAGAAUAUUUUAUUAUUAUAUAAUUAUAUUGCAAUGUUUAAAAAUUUUUAAUUCAAGUUUCUGUUUGUUUAAAAAAAUAUAUUUAUAUAUAACAAUACAAUUACAUGUAUUAUAUUCUUGUUCGAACAACAUUUUUUUUUAUGAAAUCUUGGUACAUUUUAAACGUAUUUUUGUAUGGUAGCUAUUAGUAAGUUAAAAAUUUUCAGGGCCUUUUUUUUUGUAGGUCAUCAAAAGUAUACUGUUUUGAAUUUAUGGUAACUAGUUCUAAGUGUAUGGAAAAAGCUCAUAUUUUAAGGUGCUUCAAUUAAAAAUUAAAAUAACUUUUUUUUUUUUUGUAAUACACAAGUGUUCAUACACAAAUAUAUUUAUAUAAAUACCAUAUAUACACGUGAAGACUGCCACAAUUAAAGAAAAUCUGAUUGAAAUAUUAUUUUGUACAAUAGUUAACAUAGAUUUAUAUUAUAUUUGCUCCACAUUUUUCAACUCUAAUUGAUCUGUUUGUAUGAGAAUAAAUAGUACAAAGUUUUUUCAAUAUCUGUUAAAAAAAUUAUGGUAAUAUGAUAUUAUGAUCUAUAUUGAUAUACUUGUUUUUAUUUCACUACAAAUAAAUCUGUUGUAUGACUUUUCCGCUUUGUUAUUUUGUAAUUAUUUGUUAUCGCGUUAAAAUAAACUAAUAUUUUUAUGUGAGUUUGGGCUCUGCAACACAUUUCACCCUAAAGCAAUAAUGCUGUCAAAUUUUUUUUUUUUUUUUUUAUCUUAAAUGUAUGUUAAUCCCUUAUUUUGUCAAAUUUAAUUGAUAUUUGCUGUAAUAUGCAUGAUAUAUUUUUCAACAUUAUACCAGCGCUGAUAUUUACAUUGUAGUAUUUCGAUAAGAAUUUUGUAUUUAUGUUUCUUGAUUACAGUUAUAAUACAUUUAUUAACUACUUAGGUACCUCAUUAGAUUAGUAAGUCGUUGCAGUUUAAUUUGUUUUAUUAUUAUUAUUAUUAAUAUUAUUUGACGUUAAUUGUACCUAUUUGAAUUGAGUUUAUAUGUUCUUGUGUGUUGUACAAUUAGUACAUCGUUUAUAUUUUAAUUAAAAUUAAAAUUAUAUAAAUUGAAAAAAAAAAUAUAUAUAUAUAUAUUGUGAA